AUGUCAAACACCCACCUAGCAAACCGACAAGCCUUCUUCCGGCACCGCAUCAUCCCACGCCAACUAGUCGACACCAACGAACGCGACACGACCACCACAAUCUUCGGCCACCGCGUCUCAGCCCCGAUAGGAUUCGCACCCAUCGGGAUCAACAAGAUCUACCACUCGGAAGGCGAAGCAGCUGUAGCCAAAGUUGCUGGCGAGCUGAAUCUCCCAUACUGUCUCUCCACGGCGGGGAGUACCUCGAUCGAGACCGUCGGCGCCGCGAACGGGAGCUCCAGUCCACGGUUUUUCCAGCUCUACAUGCCCCACGACGACGAAUUGACGCUGUCACUAUUGAAUCGGGCGUGGAAGGCUGGGUUUGACGCUUUGAUUCUUACGACAGACACGUGGCAGCUCGGCUGGCGACACGGCGACGUUGCGCGGUCGAACUAUGCCUUUUACCGCGGUUUUGGCGCCGACCUAGGUCUCACAGACCCCGUGUUCCGGCGACGAUGUGCGGAAGACGGUAUCGAUAUCGAUAAAGAUGUUGUUGCUGCGUCGGCGAAAUGGAUCGACUCUAUCUGGCACGGCCGUGCGUGGUCGUGGGAGAAAAUCCCGUGGUUGAUGGAGCAGUGGAGGCGGAUUUCUGGCGGACGGCCGUUUGCGAUCAAGGGGAUCCAGUCUGUUGCUGAUGCGCAGAAGUGUGUUGAGAUGGGUGUAGAUGCGAUUGUGGUUAGUAACCAUGCCGGACGGCAGGUGGAUGGUGCGAUUGCGAGCUUGGAUGCGUUGGAGAAGAUCGUUGAUGCGGUUGGGGAGCAGAUUUAUGUCAUGUUUGACUCCGGGGUGCGCGGGGCCAGUGAUGUGGUUAAGGCUCUUGCGCUAGGUGCGAGGUUUGUCUUCGUGGGGAGGUUGUGGAUUUGGGGUUUGAGUAUUAUGGGUGAGGACGGAGUGAGACAUGUUAUGAAGUCGUUGUUGGCUGAUCUGGAUAUUUUGAUGGCGGUUGCUGGGUUCAAUCAAAUCCAGGAUUUUGAUCGCAAUAUCCUAGGUAUGUUUUCACCACUUAUUGACUCGUGUACUAACGACGUCGGCAGAGUCGGAUCCCAAGUCUUAUACGCUCAUUCCGGAGAAAGUGCUUUGAAGGAUAGUCUUCAUUGGUGGAUUAUUACAAAUAUAUGUAUCCAUCAUAAAAUAUAG